UUAAAAAAAGUGAAAACACCCUAUUGUAUUACAUAUAAGUACAUAUAUAUCUUGUUUAUGCUAUGAGAACAGGUUGUAAGUUUUUAUCGCGGUUUUUUACUUUAGCAUUAACAUUAAUAACAAAAUUGACAAAAAAGGUGCAACAAUAACUACACCGCAAAUUAAAUUGAGGUGUUAGUUGAUCAGGUAGAAGAAUUUCAAGAAAUUGUCGAAUGUAAAAAGACGGAGUGUAUCUCCAGAGACUUAAAAGAAUCCCAAAGGAAAAAAUAGGGAUUCAGUUUAAUUCCAUUUGCGGGACCAGCCAUAAAAUGCUGAAAAGCAAAUGGGAGUCUCUGAAGGAAACGACAAAAAAGGAAUUCGCCGAAAAUAAGCAGAAUCUCUAUCAAACGGGCGGUGCCCCUGCACAAAUCCCUUCCUCCAACACGAUUCAACUAGUGGUGGUAUUGGUAGCAGAGUGUUGGGUCUAUGCUCUUCCAGUUGUGGUUCCAGUGGAGGAGAUGCUCCCUGAUGCUGUAUAUAUUGGUUCCAAACGUGGAUAUUCAAAAGGCCAGCUGCAGUUCGAACGCGUGGAGUCCACAACAGCUGAAAGAGCCUAAAAGCAAGGAGUUGCAAGUGGAAAAAUCUAUACAAACCGCUAAUAAGACAUUCUCAGUCUUUGCAAGAUUGCAAAGGAAAAGGCAGGUCCCUAACGGCCAUGAACAAUUAAUCCAGAAAAAAAUUAAGUUAAUGGAAUUCCAUGGAAUGCAAGGAAUGCAAAAAUGCAUGGAAUGCAAGGAGCGAAGAAGAGAUGAAGGCUGAGAAGCAUAAGUUGGAAAUAGAAGUAUUAAAUGCAACAAACAAAGUAUUAUAAAGGUUGCAAGAAUCAGGAUAGGAAGAGUAGAACGAAGCUGAAAAAAAAAUAAAACCAUAAAAUUUGGCAAGAACAAUAUGGAGAUUUUAUUAAAGUUUGUAAAUGUUUUCCAGCAUGAUUCUAUGGACAGUCCGUAUUUUUUACCUUGGAUGUGCUUUAUUUUAAGUGUACUUUAAGAGAAAAUUAUAGGGAACUCCGAAAUCCGGCAGAUAUAAAGCGCACCUUCACCAAUUUGGCUAGAAGGAACAUUUACAAACUAUAAUAAAAUCUCCAUAUAAAGUGUAACAAAAAAUAUAUGUAAACAUAAAGUUCUGAUAUUUGGCUAUAGUCGCAUUGAAGCAAUUAAAAAGUUUUUAUGAGAAAAGCAGAUAUUCGAAAAUACACAAAAAACACGUCAAUAAAUCUUAUUUGGAAAGUAA